AUGGAUGGCGGCGAAAAAAAUGCAAUGCGUCUGGGGAAACUGCUCGGUGUUUCGCGGACCAUACAAAAGCACACAACGCGACGACUCAGCGUCACCGACCAUGAACGCGAAGAACACGAACGAAAACGUACACAAAUGCUGAAGGAAUUACGUCAACAGCGCAUCUCCUCGUUGGGUGCGAAUCAACGUUACGUAAUAGAGAUCGCUGCAGAUUUGUUGAAUGUUGAGAUGGAUGAGCUUAUAAUGGGCUUAGUGGAUGAUCAGGCAUUUGUGGAACUAUUAAGUGGUAUUUUCGAAGAUAAAGGACCACGCGCCUGUAUGAUCUCCUAUGCCCCACAAAAGGGUUAUCCAACCGAAUCUGGACGUUAUCAGGAUAAGCUAAAGUAUGCCGAUGUUAAACGAGCGGUUUGUCUGAAAAGUGAUUUCGUUAAAAUGAACGGUGCUUGGGUUAUCGUUUAUCGUAAUAAUAACAAUAAAGCUAUAGAGAAUCGCACAGUUUCAGAUGAUGUGGCGAUGUUUCGUUGGGUCACCGAAGGCGGCAAUUGUCUGAAGGUCAUUAAAGAGUUUAUGAAGCGCGUACUAACCGCCUCCUUAGAGGUUGUCACCGACUUUGGUGUAGCCGAACCGGAACAGAAACGCAAGUUCUUUCAUAUACUCAGCAUGUAUAAUAUUUUCCUACAAUCCUCCGAGGCAAUAGUAUCUACACGCGUUAAUUUUGAGGUCUCGCAUGAACUCUUUAAAGGCUUACUCUUGGUGAAGUUUCAAAUAGAAGCCAGCGCCAAGGACGUCGGACGUGUACGUUUGGUCGAGCGUUAUUUUGCACAAUGGUUGCGUCAAAUACAAGGAAUUUUGGUCGAAGGUAAACAAAUACUGCGUGAUCCGCCCGAUGUUGGACCGCUGCAAAUGUUGGUCAACUGGCGACGACAAUUGGCGCGUUAUACCUCCAUUAUGGAAUUCGUUUCGUCGCGUGCGUUCAACAAUCACAAACAGUGUCUGAUCUUAUCCCGUUCUUCGAAACUAUUGAAGAAAUGGGCCGAAAUCGAUAACCAAGUAACUUUAGUACUGAAUGUGGCAAAGGAUAAUGUGCGUUAUAUAUCAUCACUACAGAAGUUCUGGGAUCCGCUAUAUAGAUCUGCGCCAGAUGAAAUAAUCAGCAGUUUACCGGGUCUGAUGGUGGCGAUACGCAACGUCUCGAAGACCGCGCAUUAUUUUAAUACACCCAGCAAUGUUACUGGACUCUUUGUGAAGAUCUCCAAUCAGAUAACAUUAACUAGUCGAAGAUAUCUCACCGAUAGCGGACGUAGAUUGCUCUGGAACUUGGAGCCGAAUAGCGUUAUAGCGAAAAUAAAUAAAUGCAAUGAAAUAAUUGAAUAUUAUAAGUCAAUUUACUUGCAAACUGUGGACGAUAUGGCGUUUGCGAAUGAGAAUCCCUGGGUUGUUUCAAAGGUCUACAUAUUCACUUGUUUGGAAAAGUUUCAAGCCCGACUGGAGAAGAUACGCGACAUAUUUAAUACCGAAAUAACCUACUCCGUACUGGAUCGCAUCACUAUUAGCGGUAUGGAGAAGUUUAAUGCACAAAUUAAGGGUGCGAGAACGACGAUAGCCUCUAAACCCUAUGAUCCGCUUGACUACCGCAUAGAGAUCUUUAAUAAAGAUUUUGAAGUUUUCGUUAAAGAAGUCGAGCAGGCCGAAGUAGGCAUGCAGCAAUUCGUGAAACAACAGAUUGCCGAUGUGCCCAUUGCCGAGUCGGUGAUUUUGAUACUACAACGUUUCGAGCGUCUAGGCUUGGAGUGUUUGUGUUUGGAUCGACGUUACUUAGAGGUGGCCGAGAUGUUGGAAAAGGAAAUGUUUCUACUAAAGGAUGUUUACAACGAGGAGCGUGGUAGUCCGUUCAUUGCACGCAAUAUGCCACCAGUCGCCGGUCGCAUCACUUGGAUUCGUUCCAUAUUCAAAAAGAUUGACGAACCCAUGAAAGUGCUCAGGCAUCGCCAGUGUGUGCUGGCACAUAAGAAAGCUCAACGUACUGUCCGCUAUUAUAAUUAUAUGAAUGGUAUAAUUUGUCACUACGAAAUGACCUAUCAUAAAGCUUGGUAUGAUUAUUGUGAGGAGGUGCGUUGCUUGCUGAACUCGCCCAUUCUGCUGUGUCACAAAGAAAUGGCUCAAUAUACGGUUAACUUAGAUCCGGCUAUUAAGCAGUUGAUCAGGGAGACAGAGUGGAUGUGGAAGCUGAAAUUGGAGGUUCCAAAUAUCGCGAGCGUUGUAACGUACUGUAAAGAUCGAAUUCUGGAUCCUGCUGUUCAACUUAAAGAAACCAUUCGACGUUACGAUCUAUUCCGACAAUCGAUAUCUUCGGUUUUCAUAAAUAUUAUGCGUUUUCGUCUACAAGAAGUAGCGGUGCUAAUCAAACCCGCAUUGACCUCGAUUACUUGGAUCUCAGAAAAUCUGGAAGACUUUGUGCAGGCGCUCGACGAUAAAGUCGACGAAGUCGAGACAUUCUAUCGGACUGUGGAAAAUAUCGAGAAGAUACGCAUUAUUAGAGAAAUGGAAAAUUUGACUGAUUUUCUAUAUGUGUACCAACCGGAAGAGCCUAUCUUGUCAGAGAAAUAUCUCGACAUGAGUAAUAAACUGCGUGCGGAAUUAGAGACCAUUAUCGAACGCAACUCUGUCUGCAUAGAACGUGCGGUUAUCGAUUUGGUGAAUAUGUUUGUGGACUUGUUGGAUUUUGGUCCUUUAGACACGAAGGGUCGGCGCGUCUUUCAAUUACCUAUAGAGAAACUUAACGAUAAUAAUUGGCGUGUGGAAGGCAACUAUCCGAUUGAUAAAUGGGAUUGGAUACAAUUUCAAAAGAUUUAUCGUACCAUCUACUUGGUGCCCGAGGAAGCUCUCAGGGCAUUACAAAUGAAGAACUACGAAAGUAUUCGUUAUGAACUAAACCAUUUACGUAAUGAUUGUAUGGAUCUAUUUUCGUACUAUAAUUCAAAAAUGAUUCUGGCUCUAGUGCAAUGCUCUAAGCGUUCGUUGGACUUUGUGCGGCAUAAGAUAUUGAGAACCAAUUGGCGUACGGAUCCAAUGAAACCGAUACUUUACACAUCAAUGGAUAUCGACUUGGAAUUGGGUUGUACAAUUGAGCCCAGUUUGGAAAUGAUGCAAUCACACUUCCAUGCAGCCAUACAAGUAUGCACGGAAAUUAAUUAUUUCAUUUCAACUUGGGGCCGACAAGCAAAAACCUUGGAAAGACGUAUGAGACGUGUGACCGUGGAUGAGAACCGUUAUGAAAGAUCGUAUUUCCGUUAUGUGGUGGAUCAUAAGGACAUUAUCAGAGCUAUAACGAAUCUAGCAAAUGGUUUGCUGUUGUACAAACAUGAUGUGGAUGACUUUUUAACGGAAACCUUUAAUAAAUUCAAAUAUUUAUGGAGCCAAGAUCGGGAACAGAUCAUACAGGAGUUCGUCGACACCAAUCCAUUAACUGUGGAUAUACGCGAUAAGUUCAUUUAUUAUGACAAUAUUACAACUGAUCUCGAAGAGAUGCCGACGAAUAAAGUUAUAGGUCCCAUUGAGAUACGUAUGGAGAAAGCCAUUGUGAAAUAUGUGGAGGAGUCGAAGAAAUGGAAGGUCUUAUUGGGACAAUUGUUGAGCGCGCAGUACAAAAAACAAUUGGACGAAAUGGUUGAUUUCAUUACUGAAAUGGAGCUCAUACUAAGUAAGCCGAUAAACGAUCUGGACGAUGUGCGUCAGGCGAUGAAUUGUUUGGAAAAGAUACGUGAUAAUUUUAUAACCAUGGAUAUGAACUUGAGCUUGAUUAUCGACACCUAUGCACUUUUCGCUCAAUACAAUAUUUUCGUACCAAAAGAUGACUACGAUAAGGUAGACAGCCUUCAACUGGCUUUCAAUAAAAUGCUGGAGAAUGCCAAGAAAACCUCACAACGCAUUUCGGAUAUGGAGGGCCCACUACUGCGGGAGCUCAAUGAGGGUAUUGCACAGUUCGUGAAGGAAUUCGAACAAUUCAAUAUCGAUUUCGAAGCGAAUGGACCGAUGGUUGAGGGCAUAUCCGCGAAGGAGGCUAGUGACCGCGUAUUCCUCUUUCAAGGCCAAUUCGAUGAAUUGUGGCGUAAAUAUGAAAUGUAUAAUAGUGGCGAAAAGCUGUUCGGUCUACCAAUCACCGACUAUCCACUAUUGCAUCAACGUAAGCGUGAAUUUAACUAUUUGAAUCGUUUAUACUCGCUGUACAUUCAGGUGUUGAAGACUAUCGCGGACUACUAUGAGAUGCCGUGGUCUGAGGUGGAUAUUGAAAAGAUUAGCGCUGAGUUGGCUGAUUUCCAAGUGAGAUGCCGCAAAUUGCCCAAAGGCAUGCAGUCCUGGCCAGCAUUUAUUGAUCUCAAAAACAAAAUCGACGACUUUAAUGAGACAUGCCCGCUCCUCGAGUUGAUGACCAACAAAGCAAUGAAAGAACGCCAUUGGGUGCGACUUAAUGCACUACUCAAGACCGAUUUCGAUCCGACAAGCACUAAAUUCACACUUGGCAAACUGCUAGAGGCACCCAUACUCAAAUACAAGGACGAUGUAGAGGAUAUUUGUGUUGGCGCCAGUAAAGAAUUGGAUAUCGAGGCGAAGUUGAAACAGGUUAUUAGCGAUUGGUCGGUGGUGAAUUUACAAUUAGGUCAGUUCAAAAAUCGUGGUGAGCUUGUUUUGAAGGGACAGGAGACACUCGAUAUUAUUGCUGCACUCGAAGACAGUUUAAUGGUGAUGAAUUCAUUGGCUUCGAAUCGCUAUAAUGCGCCUUUCAAGAAAGAUAUACAAUUGUGGUUAUCGAAAUUGGUGAACACCGGCGAGAUAUUGGAGAAAUGGUUGAUGACCCAAAAUUUAUGGAUCUACUUGGAGGCGGUAUUUGUUGGUGGCGAUAUUUCGAAGCAACUGCCAAUGGAAGCGAAACGUUUCACGAAUAUUGAUAAGAAUUACGUGAAGAUUAUGUAUAGAGCACGUGAGAUACCGAAUGCGGUGGAAUGUUGUACUGGUGAUGACACAUUGGCGACAAGCCUUACAUGGCUGCUGGAUCAGUUGGAGACGUGUCAAAAGUCAUUGACGGGCUACUUGGAAUCGAAGCGCUUGCUGUUUCCACGCUUCUUCUUCAUUUCGGAUCCUGUGCUACUCGAGAUUCUCGGACAAGCUUCAGAUCCGACAACGAUACAGCCCCAUUUGCUUAGUAUAUUUGAUGCUAUAGCUACGGUCGACUUUCAAGAGAAAACCAAUGAUGUCAUGAUCGCCAUGAAUUCAAUGAAUAACGAGAAGGUGCCAUUUGAGACCCCCGUCACUUGUAGUGGCAGCGUUGAGGUUUGGCUUGGUAAAUUGCUGAAGGAGAUGCAAGACACCAUUCGUUCUAUAUUGGCUAACAUGGCGCAGAGUCUUAACGAUCCUGAAUUUAUUUUUGUCGAGGAGUUUCCAGCUUUUUGCGGUCAAGCCGGUCUACUGGGCGUACAAUUACUCUGGACGCGUGAUUCAGAAUAUGCAUUACGCAAAUGUCGUACCGAUCGUGUUAUUAUGAAGCGGACCAAUGCGAAAUUUCUAAAUUUACUUAACUAUUUCAUCGAUUUAACCGUGAAGGACCUGUCGAAGUUGGAUCGUAUACGUUUUGAGACGAUGGUCACAAUUCAUGUGCAUCAGAGAGACAUUUUCGAUGAUUUAUGCACCAUGCGUGUGAGAUCUGUGGGCGACUUUGAAUGGCAGAAACAAGCGAGAUUCUAUUAUCACGAAGACAACGAUGAUAUCGCUGUCGGUAUAACGGACGUAAAUUUCAUAUACCAGAAUGAGUAUCUGGGCGUAACCGAGAGAUUGGCUAUAACACCAUUGACGGAUCGUUGCUAUAUAACCUUAGCGCAAGCUAUCGGCAUGUCUAUGGGUGGCGCACCCGCCGGACCGGCUGGUACUGGUAAGACGGAGACCACUAAAGACAUGGGUCGCUCUCUAGGCAAGCUGGUUGUGGUGUUCAACUGCUCGGAUCAAAUGGAUUUUCGUGGUUUGGGUCGUAUUUACAAAGGUCUGGCGCAAUCGGGUUCUUGGGGUUGUUUCGAUGAGUUUAAUCGCAUUGAAUUGCCAGUCUUAUCGGUAGCAGCUCAGCAGAUCUAUAUCGUUUUAACCGCUCGUAAGGAGAAACGUAAUUGGUUCUUAUUCAGUGAUGGCGACGUGGUCACACUUAAUCCGGAGUUUGGUCUAUUCAUCACAAUGAAUCCCGGUUAUGCGGGCCGUCAAGAAUUACCAGAAAAUUUAAAGAUUAUGUUCCGUUCGGUGGCGAUGAUGGUGCCGGAUCGCGCUAUUAUCAUACGCGUCAAAUUGGCCAGUUGUGGCUUUAAAGAGAAUCUGGUGUUGUCGCGUAAAUUCUUCACACUCUACAAGUUAUGCGAGGAGCAGCUUUCCAAGCAGGUGCAUUACGAUUUCGGCUUGCGUAACAUUUUGUCAGUGCUGCGUACGCUGGGCGCACAAAAGCGUGCCAAUCCCAGUGAUACGGAGGAGACUAUAGUGAUGCGUGUGUUGCGUGACAUGAAUGUCUCUAAGUUGAUUGAUGAAGAUGAGGGUCUCUUCGUAUCACUCAUCGAUGACAUGUUCCCGGGCAUCAAACUGACCACAGCUUCAUACAAGGAUUUGCAGCGCGCUAUAGUGAAGGUGGCUGACGAAAUGGGUUAUGUAAACAACCCUGAAUGGAAUCUGAAGGUCGUGCAAUUGUAUGAAACUUCAUUGGUGCGUCACGGUCUUAUGUUAAUGGGACCGACGGGGUCUGGCAAGACAAGCUGCACACAUGCCAUGCUGAGAUGUUUCACCGAAAUGGGCCAACCACACAAGGAGAUGCGUAUGAAUCCGAAGGCCAUAACGGCACCACAAAUGUUCGGUCGUCUGGACGUGGCCACUAAUGAUUGGACGGAUGGUAUAUUCUCUACACUGUGGCGACGUUCCUUGAAAAUUCCCAAACAUCAAAACUGUUGGAUUGUGCUUGACGGACCGGUAGAUGCGGUGUGGAUCGAAAACUUAAACUCCGUAUUGGAUGAUAAUAAGACAUUGACAUUGGCCAACGGCGAUCGUAUUAAAAUGGCAGACAACUCUAAACUGGUAUUCGAGCCAGAUAACGUGGAUAACGCCUCACCAGCAACUGUUAGUCGUGUCGGCAUGACUUUUAUGAGUUCAUCGGUGUUAAAGUGGACCGUUUAUAUGGAGGCCUGGGUGCGUAGACAACCCUCCGCUGAAGCCGAAAUUUACCGACGUUGCUAUACUGCGUUAUACGACGAUGCACACACCUUUCUACAAACCAAGUUGGUGGCGAAGAUGCGCAUACUCGAAGCGAUUUACAUCAAGCAAAUGUUAGAAAUUAUGGACGGCAUCUUGGAGGAGUGUAGUAAUCGAACUGAGCGGUUUUUGGAACGCAUGUUUCUAUUCGCCUUAAUGUGGACACUGGGCGCUGUGUUGGAGAUUAAGGAGCGUGAUAAGUUUGAAGAGUAUUUGCUUAAACACCCCUCAAAGCUGAAAUGGCCCAAACGUCAGCCAAACGAGACAAUAUUUGAGUACUAUGUAGAUGAUCAAGGUAUGUGGCAACAUUGGAAUACGCGCGUUGAAGACUUCAUCUAUCCUGAGGAUAGCGUACCGGAAUUCGCCUCGAUUUUAGUACCUAAUGUGGAUAACGUGCGCACCGCGUAUCUGAUGCAUAAUAUAGCAAAGCAAAGGAAACAGGUGUUGCUUAUUGGUGAGCAGGGAACUGCGAAGACCGUAAUGAUCAAAGGUUAUAUGUCGCAAUACGACCCGGAGCAACAUUUAUCCAAAUCAUUUAAUUUUUCUUCGGCGACUACGCCAAAUAUGUACCAGCGCAUUAUUGAGUCAUAUGUGGAGAAACGUGUGGGCACUACAUACGGCCCACCAGGUCAACGCUCCAUGACUGUUUUCAUUGAUGAUAUCAAUAUGCCGGUCAUCAACGAAUGGGGCGAUCAAAUUACCAAUGAAAUCGUGAGACAAAUGAUUGAACAAGGCGGCUUCUACUCACUGGAGAAACCAGGCGAUUUCUCCAAUAUAAUGGACAUACAACUCCUCGCCGCCAUGAUACAUCCGGGCGGCGGACGCAACGAUAUACCGAAUCGCCUGAAACGUCAUUUAUCCAUUUUCAAUUGCACUUUGCCGAGUAAUAAUUCGAUGGAUCAGAUUUUCAAUAAAAUCGGGCAGGGUUACUUCUGUUUGUCACGUUUCAAUGAGGAAGUUGUCGAUGUCAUACCACAUUUGGUGCCGCUCACACGCAUAUUUUGGCAAAAUGUCAAAGCGAAAAUGUUGCCCACACCAGCGAAUUUCCAUUAUGUUUUCAACUUGCGAGAUCUCUCACGCAUCUGGGAAGGGAUAUUAAAAAUAAAAGCAGAGGAAUGUAAUAAUAUGCAGACGGUGUUGAAGUUGUGGUGUCACGAGUGUACACGUGUUAUAGCAGAUCGUUUCACGGAGUUUAAGGAUAAGGAUUGGUUUAUUGCCUGCAUGAAACGUGAUGCGGAGAAAAAUCUGCCGGAGGAAAUUGCUGAGAGUUAUCCAGAGUCCGAAACAUUUUUCGUGGAUUUUUUGCGAGAUCCACCGGAUGCGGCAGAGGAUGAUGACGUGGAAAUGUCUUUGGAACCGCCAAAAAUAUACGAAGAAAUACCGAGCUUUGAUUUCGUUAAACAAAAAGUACUCUUCUACAUGAGCCAAUUUAAUGAAUACGUACGUGGAUUUACCAUGGAUUUGGUCUUUUUCCGAGAUGCACUGGUCCAUCUAAUGAUCGUAUCGAGGAUUCUUAGUAUGCCAAGAGGCAAUGCGCUGCUAGUCGGUGUUGGCGGUUCGGGCAAGCAGAGUUUGACGCGCCUGUCUUCGUUUAUAGCCAACUACAAGUUCUUUCAGAUUGUGCUAACGCGCGCCUACAAUGCGGGUAAUCUAGUUGAGGAUCUUAAAUAUUUAUACCGCACAGCCGGUUUGGAGGGACGUGGUAUUACAUUCAUAUUCACCGAUAAUGAAAUUAAAGAUGACGGUUUUCUCGAGUUCAUCAAUAAUAUCUUGAGUUCGGGCGAAAUUGCAAACCUCUUUGCAAAAGAUGAAAUGGAUGAAAUUUACAGUGAAAUCACGCCAAUUAUGAAGAAGGUCGCACCGAAACGUAUACCCACACAGGAUAAUCUUUACGAUUUCUUCUUGUCACGCGCACGCUACAAUCUACAUAUAGCACUCUGCUUCUCGCCCAUUGGUGAGAAAUUCCGUGCGCGCUCCUUGAAAUUUCCUGGUUUGAUUUCAGGCUGCGUUAUUGAUUGGUUCCAGAAAUGGCCGGAAGAUGCGCGUGUUGCCGUCUCACGUCAUUACCUGAAAGACUUUCCUAUGGUGUGUGCACCAGAGGUCAAAGAAAACAUCAUAGACAUAAUGAGUUGGAUACAUGAGACGGUAUCCGAAGCUUGCGUCUCAUAUUUCGAACGUUUCCGACGCACAACAUUCGUUACGCCCAAAUCGCUAAUUUCCUUUUUGCAAAGUUACAAGACACUCUACAAAGAUAAGCAAGUCAAUAUCAUUACAAUGUCCGAUCGUAUGAGCUCCGGUUUGGAUAAGUUGGACGAAGCGGGUGCUGCAGUGUCGGUGCUGAAGAAAGAUCUGAUUGAAAUGAAUAAAGUCAUUGCUGUAGCGACGGAGGAAGCUGAAGAAGUACUAGAGAAUGUGGCGCAAUCGACUGCCGCAGCCGAGAUUGUCAAAGUGCAGGUGGCCGAGAAGAAAGCCCAGGCUGGUGAGUUGGUCAAAGUGAUUUCGGCGGAUAAAGAGGUGGCCGAGGCUAAAUUGGAAAAGGCAAGACCGGCGUUAGAGGAAGCCGAAGCAGCGUUGCGGACAAUAAAAGCUGCCGAUAUUGCGACUGUGCGCAAGUUGGGCAAGCCGCCAUAUUUGAUCACACUCAUUAUGGACGCGGUAUGUAUUCUAUUUCGUAAGAAGGUUAAACCCAUUAAGGCGGAUACAGAAAAGAACUUUCUACAAAGCUCCUGGGAAGAGUCGUUGAAGGUCAUGUCGGACACUAGUUUUCUAAAGAAGAUUGUCGAGUAUCCCACCGAUAUUAUUAAUGCCGAAAUGGUUGACCUGCUGUUGCCGUAUUUCAAUUACAAUUUAUACACAUUUGAGGCCGCAAAAAUAGCUUGCGGCAAUGUUGCCGGUCUGCUCUCUUGGACCAUUGCUAUGGCCAAGUACUUUGAGGUGAACAAGGAGGUGCUGCCGCUGAAGGCGAAUUUAGCUGUGCAAACAGCUAAAUAUCAGAAGGCCGCUGCCGAUUUACAAGAAGCCGAAGAUUUGUUCGCCGCCAAGGAGCGUGAACUCGCUGAGGUGCAACAGCGUUUCAACGAAGCCAUCGCCAAGAAGGACGCCGUGCUCGCUGAAGCGAAGAAAGUGCAAGAUAAAAUGGAUGCUGCCACGGCGCUUAUAAGCGGUUUGGCGGGCGAGAAGAUACGUUGGACGGAACAGAUUGCACAAUUUAAGAAUGAAACGGAUCGUCUUGUGGGCGAUACUAUUAUAUUGACUGCUUUCCUUUCCUACACAGGGCCGUUCAAUCAAGAAUAUCGCAUCGAUUUGCAGUCGCAAUGGUUGAAGGAAGUACGUGAACGUCUCAUACCGCUCUCCGCUAACUUGAGUAUUAUUGAGAGUUUGACGGAUCGCACACAAAUUGGGGAAUGGAAUAUACAGGGUCUGCCAUCGGAUGAACUGUCUGUGCAGAAUGGCAUUAUUGCGACGAAAGCCGUGCGCUUUCCACUGUUAAUCGACCCACAGUCGCAGGGUAAGGCUUGGAUUAAGAGCAAGGAAAAGCACAAUAACCUCAUAGUGACCACACUAACGCACAAGUACUUCCGUAAUCACGUCGAGGACUCUGUUAGUUUGGGUCUGCCAAUGAUUAUUGAAGAUGUGGGCGAGGAGCUCGAUCCAAGUUUGGAUAAUGUUUUGGAUCGCAAUUUAUUGAAGGUCGGUACAUCCUACAAAAUUAAAGUGGGCGACAAAGAGGUAGACUACAAUGCGGCUUUCCGUUGUUACAUAACGACAAAAUUACCAAACCCUUCGUACACGCCCGAAGUCUCUGCGCGUACUUCUAUUAUCGACUUUACGGUAACCAUGAGAGGUCUCGAGGACCAGCUACUGGGACGUGUCAUACUUACGGAGCGCAAAGAGCUGGAGGAGGAGCGUCAAGAGCUGGUCGAAACGGUGACAAAUAACAUGAAGAAGAUGAAAGAGUUGGAGGCAAAUUUGCUGCAUAAGCUAUCCACUACCCAAGGCAGCCUGUUGGAUGAUGUGACUGUGAUUGAGGUGCUGAACACAAGUAAAAAUACCGCUCUUGAGGUGAAGGAGAAGAUCGAAAUAGCAAAAAUCACCGAAUCGAAAAUCAAUUUAGCACGCGAAGAAUAUCGACCGGUAGCGACGCGGGGUAGUGUCUUAUACUUCUUGGUCUGCAGCAUGGCCAUGGUAAAUUGCAUGUAUCAAACGUCUCUGGUGCAAUUUUUGGAUCGUUUCGACGCCUCCAUGCAUCUCUCGGCCAAAACGCACAUCACCGCUAAGCGUAUAAAGCGUAUAAUCUCUUAUUUGACUUUCGAGAUCUACCGUUACAAAUCACGUGGUCUCUACGAGCAACAUAAAUUCUUGUUUGUGCUCUUGAUGGCGCUCAAUAUCGAUCGGCAGCUGGAUCAUGUAAGCUAUGAUGAGUUUCAGAAUUUCAUUAAAGGUGGCGCCGCACUAAACUUGAACGACUGCCCACCCGUGCCUUUCCGCUGGAUCACCGACGAGACGUGGUUAAAUUUAGUUCAGUUGUCCAGAAUGUCACUAUUUGGACAUAUACUCACGAAGGUAUCGAAUAACGAGCGCGGCUGGUUUAAUUGGUAUAAGAAGGAGUGCCCGGAGAAUGAAGUAAUACCUGAUGGAUACAAUACCUUGCAACCAUUCCAUAAACUCUUGCUCAUACGCUCCUGGUGCGUGGAUCGUUCCAUAGCACAGAGUCGCAAAUAUAUCGCAAACUCAUUGGGUGAUCGUUUCGCCGAGCCGGUAGUUUUAAAUUUCGACGAACUAGUAGCAGAGAGUAAGCCGUUAACACCUUUGGUUUGUUUCCUCUCUAUGGGUUCGGAUCCUUCGUCUAAUAUUGAAUCGCUGGCUAAGAAGAACGAACUUAAAUGCUUUCCCAUAUCGAUGGGUCAGGGUCAAGAGAUACACGCACGCAAACUCGUUGCGAAUUGCCUGCAAGAUGGUGGCUGGGUUUUGCUGCAAAACUGUCACUUGGGCUUAGAAUAUAUGAACGAGUUGUGUCUGCAGUUACUGGAAUUAGAAAGAAUUGGCACCGAGGCGGCAGGAUAUCACGAAACAUUCCGUAUAUGGAUAACAACCGAGCCACAUGAGAGAUUCUCCAUAACACUCCUGCAAAUGUCCAUCAAAUUUACCAACGAACCGCCGCCGGGUAUACGUGCUGGUCUGAAACGUACUUAUGGCAAUAUGACACAAGAUUUUCUCGACUACUCUCAAUCUCCUUAUUAUCAUCCGCUGGUGUUUGCGAUCUCUUUCUUACAUACAGUUGUGCAAGAGCGCCGUAAAUUCGGUCCCUUGGGCUGGAAUAUACCGUACGAGUUCAAUUUUGCCGAUUGGUACGCUAGUUGUCUCUUUGUACAGAACCACUUGGACGAUUUGGAGCCCGGCAAGGGUAUUAGUUGGACUACGGUGCGUUAUAUGUUAGGCGAGGUGCAGUAUGGCGGUCGUGUGACGGAUGAUUAUGAUAAACGCUUAUUGAAUACCUUCGCUCGUGUCUGGUUUCAUGAUACUCUUUUCGCGCCCACCUUCGAGUUCUUCAAAGGUUACAAGAUAUUCAGUUUCAAAGAGCAAGAAUCUUAUCUGGAAGCGAUUGAGGAUAUGCCUCUACUGGAUCCGCCACAAGUUUAUGGUUUCCACUCAAAUGCUGAGAUAACCUAUCAAACGAAUACGAUGAGGAGCAUUUUGGACACAAUCGUUUCCAUACAACCGAAAGAAUCCUCCGGUGGUACUGGCGAAACCCGUGAAGAUCGUGUUGCACGCUCUACACGUGAAAUGCAAAGCAAAAUGCCAGCACCCUAUGACCUAUAUGAGGUCCGAGAACGACUCCGUCUAAUGGGACACACAAGCUCAAUGAAUAUAUUUUUACGACAAGAAAUUGAUCGUAUGCAAAGGAUUAUUAUAUUAGUUAGAAACACAUUAAAGGACCUUUUGCUAGCCAUCGAGGGCACCAUCAUUAUGAGCGAACAACUUCGUGACGCAUUAGAUAAUAUUUUCAAUGCACGAGUGCCGGCUAUGUGGAAGCGCGGCAGUUGGUUAUCAUCCAGUUUGGGUUUUUGGUUCACCGAGCUGUUGGAACGUAAUCAACAAUUUCACAAUUGGUGUUUCGGCGGUCGACCAGUUGUAUUCUGGAUGUCUGGCUUCUUCAAUCCACAAGGCUUUCUCACUGCUAUGAAACAGGAAGUGGCACGCGCACAUCAAGGUUGGGCUUUGGAUCAGGUCACCAUGCAUAAUGAUGUGCUGAAAGUGGCCGCUGAAGAGUGUAAAAAACCACCGAAGGAAGGUGUAUUCGUCGAAGGUUUAUUUGUGGAUGGCGCUGGUUGGGAUCGUAAGCUCUCCCGUUUGAUUGAGGCGACAAAUAAGGUCUUAUACGUACCAUUACCGGUUGUACAUAUAUAUGCUAUAAAUUCUGUUGCUCCGAAAAAUCCAAAAUUAUAUACGUGUCCGGUUUAUAAGAAAAUUAAUCGCACAGACCUCAACUACAUUACACCACUUUGGCUGCAAUCGCAGAAGCCGCCAGAUCAUUGGAUUUUACGUGGUGUUGCAUUGCUUUGCGAUAUCAAAUAA